AUGUCGUCGUCGGAGGGUGCCCCGGAGUCGUGGAUCUCGUCCUUCUGCUCGCUCAUGGGCCACGAGUUCUUCGCGGAGGUGUCGGAGGAUUUUAUCGAGGAUGAUUUUAACCUCACGGGUCUGCAGUCGCAGGUGCCCAUGUACAAGGAGGCGCUGGAGAUGAUUUUGGACGUGGAGCCGGAAGAGGACGAGGAGGAGGAUGAAGAGGAAGAAGAUGAGGAGGAAGAAGAGGAUGAAAUUCUGGGCGAUGAGAAGCCUCCUGGUUAUAGAGGUGGGCAGCGACGACAUGCGCGCGUUGCGAGCGAUCUCAGCGUCAUCGAGAGUUCCGCGGAGCUGCUGUACGGUCUUAUCCAUCAGCGCUACAUCACCUCGCGACCGGGUAUCCAGCAGAUGCUGGAGAAGUACGAAAUGCAGCAUUUCGGCGUGUGUCCCCGCGCAAACUGCAACGGCUGCAAAGUCCUCCCCGUCGGCCGCUCUGACACCCCCGGCCAGGAAACGGUCAAGCUCUUCUGUCCUAGCUGCCAGGACCUGUACACGCCGCCCAACAGCCGCUUCCAUUCUGUCGACGGCGCGUUCUUUGGCACGACCUUUGGCUGUCUGUUCUUCAUGACCUUCCCGGAUUUGGACAUCGGGCCCCGUCUGGACGACCCCAUCACCCCCGCGCUGCAACAACGCUACCCCGGGCUGACUGCGUCUGCAGCCUCGCGCGAAAGCGACGAUCAACAGUUUGAGAUCAACGGCGUGCGGACCGCGAACUUUUGCCCGGGCCUGGGACUGGGUAAGAUCUACGAAUCGCGCAUCUACGGGUUCCGGGUGUCGGAGCGGUCGCGGGUCGGUCCGCGCAUGAAAUGGUUGCGGAUGAAGCCGACAGACAUCAGGGAACUGGACGAGAUGGCAUUUGUCGAGUCCUUGCGGCGGCGGAAUGAACAGGUCGCGGAAGAGGAGGGCGAAGAGGUGGAUAGCGAUACAGAAAUGCAGGCGGCGCCGGCGUCGAAUACGAUCGAAGGGAGGAAGAAGGCGCCGAUACGACGGCGACGAAAGGUAUUGGGGGAAUAA